AAGGUGAAGAACAAAGCUGAUGAAGAUGUGAUCAUAUUAAACGUCGAUACAAACACACUGGAAACACCAUUUGAUGACCUUCACAACCUACCAAGUGAAGUGGUAUCAUCCUUGAAAUACAAACUGAAGAAGCAGUCAACAGCUACUGGUGAUGGGGUAGCGAGGGCUUUUCUUAAGGCGCAGGCUGCACUAUUUGGCUCCUAUAGGGACGCACUCCGAUAUAAACCUGGAGAGCCAGUCACAUUUUGCGAGGAGAGCUACGUUGCACAUCGGUCCAGCACUAUGAAACAGUUUCUUCAAAAUGCAGUACAACUUCAGCUCUUCAAACAGUUUAUCGAUGGGAGGUUGGAAAAGUUAAAUGCAGGGAAAGGAUUUUCUGAUGUUUUCGAAGAUGAGAUAACCGCGGGAGGCUAUAGUGGAGGAAAUUCAAAAUCUUACCAGCAAUGGAUGCACACAGUCAAGAAAGGUGGAGCUUUGAUAAAUACCGUGAUGACGAAAGCAAAUCCUGCCAUGAAAACCGCGUACAAAUUUGCUAAGAACCAAGCUAAGAUGGGGAUCAAAGAAGUGAAGAGCAUGUUAAAACAGAAGGAAUCAACUGAAGAUGAAGACUUGCAUCAUAACGAGUGUCUACCUCCAAACCUGCAAAGGCGAUCAAACUCUGAUCUUUUACAGAACCGGCUUCCGGCCACCAAACGUAAACGG